GCUCACAAAAAAGUAAACGUCGAUUUUGCGCGAAACAAUGAGCCACGGACUCUUAUUAACGGUUUUCCCGCGCGUCUAGUGCUACUUACGUCUGAAAUGCGUUCAUCUUUUCUGUUGUCGGGUUAUUUUAAAGCAGUAAUUUGCUUUAAAUAGUAUUCAUCUGCAAUAUUGAUACCCAAGUGGGCAGUGGAAAAUUGUGGAGUAAGACGCCACUUGGCAUGCGUUCAUUUAUCCUACUGCGUAGGUUAUAAACAGUCAACAAACACACCCUUUCAUUGUGCAGUAAAAAGUUGAGAGAAAACAUUGACAUAUGAUUGUUCGGGAAUAACAUUAGGUUGACUCAAUUCAGAUGAUGACAACACCAACCAGAGAUUUUUUACAUCGACGCCGGAGGUCCCUGAGACAAGCUCUGGCUGUGAUACCAGAUAUAACCAGUCUUACUGUGUCGCCAGGUUCUCCCCUUCCAUCCGAUGUCAAUACCAUCAACAACAGGUACAGCCGAGAUUCAUGGAGUCCAGCGCCAAGUCCGGACGAAUUGGUAAUCCAAAAGCGCGGACGCAGGAGCAAAAGCAUCGUUUGGUCUCCAGAAGCUGAUGCAAAACGAGAUAAUCUCCUGAGUCUAUCAUUUCGUGACCGAACCCCCGUGAAGAGUCCUACGAAAGCGUCAUCACACAUGAAGAACACUCCAAGGAAGCGACUUCUACUCGAUGACAAUGACGACGUGACCCCGGACAAGUCCAAGGUCGAGAGAGAUGGCCAGAGACAAUUCACUGGGAAUCUGAUGAACGGAUUGCGAGGUCUUAGCAAUGAACAGCUGGUUAAAGUGAUCAUGGAUAUUGUGUCGAUGCAGGAGGACGGAGCACUGUCCUUGAAUGAUAAACUGCGGGACAUUGUCAUAAAGAGGAUGCCUGUGGCUGAUGUACAGCCGUUGAGGGAGAGGUUGAGCGCUCUCAGACAGAAUGUCUCGGCGAGCUUGAUGUCCUUUGAGAGGAUGGACGAGUUCUCUUACAAUCACGCUUUCAUUCAUCUUGAAACUUUUCAGAAAACAUUGGUUGAACAAGGAUGCAAAUUAAUCGACUCCGAACACUGGACCGCGGCGAUGCAGUACGUGUUCCUGGCAUGGCCCAUCACAAAAGAUUUGCCCGAGUGUCCACCCAUCGACAACACACCCCAGAAGUGUUUUCAGAGUUUAACACAAAUCUGCAGAGAUGCCUUACUGAACGGGAAUUUUGUCAAUUCGACAUUACAAAUGUUUGCUGAUAAAAUGGAGACGAUGAUCCACGACUGUGACGAUAUGAGGAUUUGCCACCAAAUGGCCAAGGAGAUGAUGAGACCCUAGUUAAAUAACGUCAACGUAUUUAAUAUCCAUUUAUAUCUAUUUUUUUAUUAUAAUCGACUCAGUGCCUUAAAUAAUAGAUUUCAUAAGGAGAAGAUAAACUGUGCAGUUACCAUAGUUCCAAUGAUUCCAGACAUUUUUGCCUUUUUUUUACACCAGAUUCAUAUGCCAAAAGUAAUGAAAUAGACAACCUCAUCUGAUUCCUCCAGAUCCAUAUUUCAUUCUCCUUUGUUUCGCUUAGAUUAGUUAAUCAUUAUUUUCAUAACUUGAGUAUUAUGUAAUCAUAUUUUUGCAAAUUAAUAAAUUUUUACCUGGGUACAGGAAUUUUGUACAAA